AUGGAGGUGGUCAAGGAGGCGGUGGCGGUAAAUCAUGACAACAGCGAUGAUCACGACUGGGGUGAAGAUGGGGGCAGUGACCGCCUCCUUCGCAACCGAGAGCCUGCCAGCUUAUCCAGGUUACUCUCGGUCCUAAUCACCAGACGAUCGCCGGCGCCAUUCAAUCCUUUCGGAGAUAAAGGCAAGAUGGCGAGCAAUUCUACGAGAAGCUGGAAUGGACACUUUUGGUUCUUGAUCAAGGGUCCCGGCAGGGGUAACGAGGAGGUGGAGGCUGUGGCUGAUGUUGUGGAGGAUCUGAUUGGGAUUGUUGGGGCCCAGAGGGAGAAUCUGAAGACGGGAGAGGGGUUUUUGUCGUGGAUGUUGUCAAAGGAGUUGAGUGAGAGGAACAAGCUGGCUAAGAGGGUUGAGAGGAGGAGGGUUAGGUUCGGGAGGGUGAGUAGACGGGUGAAGGGGUAG